CACUGUACCCUCGGAGACUUCUGUUUGCGGGAGGGUAGCCUCAUCUUUCCGCCGCGUGGGUCCUGUGGCAGGAGCCCCACUGAUGCUCUCUGACCAGGAGCUUCCCGAAAGGUGCCUGCCUCCGCGGGUGCUCGAGGCCACGCGGAGGUGUUCCUCUGUCCCCGCCUCACCUCAUCUCCAGACAUCUCUUGCCAUCAUUUCAUCCACCCUUGUAUAAAACCCGCGCCCCCCGCCCCACCCGGCGCCGCACCCCCUCCCUCGGCUGCUCCCGGCAGGCGGGGAGCUGAACGGCCAGGGGCGCGCAGGAGGCGCGCAGAGCUCUCGGGCUGCCCUCGCUCGCCGCGCCUGGGGAAUUGGGCUGUGGGCGAGGCGGCCAGGGCUGGCCUUUAUCGCUCGCCCCGUUGGUGGUUUGAAACUUUAUCAGCGAGUCUCGCCACUCGCCGCAGACGCGAGCGGGGGGCGGGGGCGCGGCGAGGCGCCGGCAGCCGUGACGAGGCGCUCCCGGCGCUGAGCGCUUCUGCUCGGGGCACGCAUGGCGCCCGCACACGGAGUCUGACCUGAUGCGGACGCAAGGGGGUUAAUAUGAACGCCCCUCUCGGUGGAAUCUGGCUCUGGCUCCCUCUGCUCUUGACCUGGCUCACCCCUGAGGUCAGCUCUUCAUGGUGGUACAUGAGAGCUACAGGUGGCUCCUCCAGGGUAAUGUGUGACAAUGUGCCAGGCCUGGUGAGCCGCCAGCGACAGCUGUGCCACCGGCACCCGGACGUGAUGCGGGCCAUUGGCCUGGGAGUGGCCGAGUGGACGGCAGAGUGCCAGCACCAGUUCCGCCAGCACCGCUGGAACUGCAACACGCUGGACCGGGAUCACAGCCUCUUUGGCAGGGUCCUGCUCCGAAGUAGUCGGGAAUCUGCCUUUGUUUACGCCGUCUCCUCAGCUGGAGUUGUGUUUGCCAUCACCAGGGCCUGUAGCCAAGGAGAACUAAAAUCCUGUUCCUGUGAUCCAAAGAAGAAAGGAACCGCCAAGGACAGCAAGGGCAAUUUCGACUGGGGUGGCUGCAGUGAUAACAUUGACUAUGGGAUCAAAUUUGCCCGAGCCUUUGUGGACGCCAAGGAAAGGAAGGGAAAGGAUGCCAGAGCCCUGAUGAACCUUCACAACAACAGAGCCGGCAGGAAGGCGGUAAAGCGGUUCUUGAAGCAGGAAUGCAAGUGUCACGGCGUGAGUGGCUCGUGUACUCUGCGGACAUGCUGGCUGGCCAUGGCCGACUUCAGAAGGACGGGUGAUUACCUCUGGAGGAAGUACAAUGGGGCCAUUCAGGUCGUCAUGAACCAGGAUGGCACUGGUUUCACUGUGGCUAACAAGAGGUUUAAGAAGCCAACAAAAAAUGACCUCGUGUACUUUGAGAAUUCUCCAGACUAUUGUAUCAGGGACCGAGAUGCAGGCUCCCCAGGGACAGCAGGCCGCGUGUGCAACCUGACUUCCCGUGGCAUGGACAGCUGCGAGGUCAUGUGCUGCGGGAGAGGCUACGACACCUCCCGGGUCACCCGGAUGACCAAGUGCGAGUGUAAGUUCCACUGGUGCUGUGCCGUGCGCUGUCAGGACUGUCUGGAGGCCCUGGACGUGCACACGUGCAAGGCCCCCAAGAGCGCUGACUGGGCGGCUCCCACAUGACGUCGGCGGAAGGCCCCGCCCACCUGCCCUCCUGCAAGGACUCCGUGGGAUCUGCAAGGACCCUGGGCCGCUGGGCUUUCUCGGGGAGAUACUUCCUAAGGCAUGUGACCUUUGUCUCAACAGAAGGCCCUUCUCCCUCCCUUAGGGCCCCAGGACAGGGGCCACAUGCUGCACAUAAAGCAUGCCUUAUCCUCCCCGACUUCCAGCAUUCUGGGGGCACAUCUCUUCCUGGUUAGGACAGACUGCUAAGAGGGGAAGGGGGGUGGCGGCGGGGUGGGGGUUGUCGAGCUGAUCCCAGUCUCCGCCCACCUAGACCUUUCCUCUUUCUGGAGCACUUGGCCAGAGGGAAAGAGUGUCCCAAAGGAGCUUUUUCUCUGUCUCACAAUAAAUGUUCACAGUUUGAGAAAUUCUGUACUUCGCUCUGGAGGAUAAAGACAGCAGGACCAAUUGCCACUGAAUUAACUUUAAAUCUUGAAAAGACCAAGCAAGGCUUCUGCCUGAUCAAGUGAUUUUCACAGCCAACCCCUUCAGGGGUAAUUGGUAAUUGCUUGGAGAAGAAUGGCUUUCAAUGGACUUUAGGUUUCAAAUGCAUAUUUUUCAAGGUGUUUAUUGCCUUAUUAAAGUCUGAUGUGACAAGGUGGGACCAUUGUCCUUUGGUACAGUUUGGAAUCUUUACAAUUUCAAGAGCCUCAGAAAGGAAUUGCUCUGCAUUACUGUCCCCUUGAUAUAAAGAAGCUUUAAGGAAUGAGACUUCUUCCUUAGGAUCUGAAAGGAAUUUAAAAGAAGAUUGGCAGUGUUCUGGCAGUGUUCUCUACCUAUUGAGGGAAGAUGGAAGAAAAUAACUUGGUAAGUGGAAUAUCAGAAAAUGUGUCUGUACAGAUAAGGAAAAAAGGGGGAAUGAUAUUUCUGUCUGUUAUGAUGCAUGUGACCCGUGGAAUUGUGUAGACAAAAUGGCUUUGAGAAAGAAAACUUCAGGGAUGACAAGACCAGGGAACCAGCACGCUGACAGAGAGUUUCCAGAGCUAAGUCACGCCUGCACCAUAAACAGAUGCCCAGGACGAGUUGGCCACGUGUGCCGAGGAGCACCAGCUUCUACCCAUCCCCCGUCAAGCAUGUUCAAAAGAGCUGUCACGUUGAAUUGUGUUCAUCUGAGGCUGACAAGAUGACAAGACACCAGAGCCUAGAGCAAAUGACACACAGCUUUGCUUAUAUAGUUGGCAACCCUAGUUUAUUAUACUGCAAACAAAUUGUCAUUUGGAGACUAUAUUUAAGGGACCAGCUAUAAUUAUGGGAACAUCAAUGUGCAAAUCAUGGCUGGCUUCGGCCAUGAGACAAAAGAUGACAUUCAGGGAAAAUAGAGAAGCUGCCACCCCAUUUUGCAAAGUAAGUGAAAGAAAGGUGAAAUAUCUGAAGAUAGUUCUCAUCCCCUUGGUACAGUGAGGUUCUGGUUCUCAGUGUGGUCUCUUUGCAUUUACUAAGAAGAUGUUCCAUUCUCUGUACCCCGUGCCCGGUGACAGGCUCACUUGUUCAUUGGGAGCCUGGCCUUCAGUUUCUCAGUCCUUGCAGGACAUCUAGACGGAGGCUCACGGAGAACAACCUGCUGGGAUCCUUUGCCAGAAUUAACGCUUGCCUCCUAGCCCUUGUCAAAACGACAGAAUUCAUCUCCAUUCCCUCACUUCCAAACCCCAAAAUUUGUCAUCUGAUUUUUCCAGAGUAGCUCUAUCCUCUUCUUAUUCUGUAGAUUCAGAGGGUGGCAAGAGUGGAGCAGGAGAGAGUUGCUCUGAGCUCAGCGUGGGCCUUCAGGGGUGAGUGGGAAGUCCAGGCAGGUGGACGGUCUUAGUUACACUACAGCUGCCUGUGGACGCCUUUCUGGGGGUGGUGAGGGGACUUGCACAGUGGUCCCACAGCUGUCAGCCCUUCUGCCUGCUGGAUGAACUAUGAAAUCAUAACUCCAUGGGUGCAUAUAGAAAUGGAGAGGAUCUAAGAGGACAUCUCAGCUCCCUCCACUCUGUAUCUGGGGAAGCUGAGACCAAGAGAAGUAAAGGCCUUUGUGCACUUAUCUGCCAUUGCCCCCCAUCUCCAUGGCAAACAGAGGAGUCAGGAAAGUCAAGCACUUUAUCUAAUUUGUCUCAGAAUUAACCCAAGUGGAUUCUAAGUCAUUUAGCAUCCAAAGGGGAUGGUCAUGAUUUCUUUUCAUUGCUGGGAUGUUUUGAUCUGACUUUGAUUUCAUGCUGAGAUGCAGCCUUCUUGAUAAUGAGCAAGGGCACAAAUUUUCCUAAGCUGUACGGGAGGCUAUGGCAGCCGUCUCAAGUGGCGGUGGGCGUGGCCAUCACGGAGGGCACAAUAAGAGAGUGAAGUAUUUUUAUCUGCUUUUACUUCUGAAAGAGGAAAUCUCCACUACUAAGGAAAACAUUUAAAAACAGUUGAAGAUAAAUUCAAACUCAUUUUCUUUAGGGUUUGGUGGAGGAUCGAGACAGCAUGAUUCUAAGUCACACUGAGCUCUUGAUUACCCGAGGCUUUUAAGGGAAUGUGUGGCACAAAUUAUCCAAAACAAAAUGAAAGAAUCUGCUCAGUUCAGAUCCCUUACAAAUUCCCUCUCAAUGAAAAUCUUACUAUAAAACAAAGAUUUCUAGACCCAAGAGGAUGCUCACUAAUGUUCUGCAGUACCGAAAAAAGUUCUAACAUGAUAGGAGAUCUCGACUAACUCAGUGGGGUUUUCUACAAUAAAGAUAUCACCCACACAGGCCUCUGAUCUUAGCAAAUGAGUUGUCUUCUUCAGUCAUUGUGCCUUCCUACAUUGGUCUGCACUUCGCAAGACUGGACUGGACUGAUCUGUGUAUUCUGUGAGCACGCCUUGUCGGGGUGCAUCCUGGUUACCCUCGGACAACCUCUCACAUUCAAGCUCUAGCACGAGAGCCCCAAGGGCCAGGACCACACUCAGCCGUGGCUCUGUGCCCCUCCAGGAUGGAGGUCCCGGCACAAUACGGAUAUCACCAGACUGAAAGGAACAUUCCCGAAGGAUCUAUCAAAUGGCAACAUAUUCUGUGUGGGGCUGGAUGGUGCGGAAAAGACUGAGAGGGAAAGAGCCAGGUGGCUGUUGCCACGUGACUGGCUGAACUUGGUGACGGAGCAGAGUGGCUUUCUCAGCUCCAGUGGGUAACUGCCGCCCUUCCUCCUAUGGUCAUUUCCCUGUCCCUUCCCAGCAUCUACUCCCCGAGGGGGCAUCGGGAGGCCCAGAGGUGCAGAGCCUCGGGCCACUGCCCACAUCCUCCUCGCCCAUGGUGUAGCUCUGUGCAAGGCUGCCCAGGUUCAUUUCAAGAGAUGUUCUUGAUCGUCAGAACCAUAUUCCUUUCUGUUGGAGUUACCACGGAGCUUGAUAACAUCAGGUAUCACGUUUGUUUUUCAAAGAAAGUAGCUCUUGAGUCAGAAAAUCGAACUUCACAUUGACAUUUCUCAGCCUGAUUAAUUUAUUAAGGAAUCUUCCAUCAGCUCUACAAAACCUAAAGCAGGGCUCCUUCCGAAGCAACCAACAUGACUGAGCAUGCACUUGUCCUCGAUGGCAUUUUCAGGCCAAGAUAUUGUUAUUACGUCUCAUUUAUUAAAGGUUAGCCCGGGGCUGGUGUUGUCUCACUCAGCUGAAGAACAUUCAUCUCCCCUCUUGCCUGUUCUCCAAAUAAAGGCUCAGAGAGGCGUCCAAUCGACCAGAACCAUCCUUUUGUGUCUGUUUACUGUACUUCAACCUGGGUUUCCUUCUCUUAAGAGCAAGAAACGUACUUUUAACAAAUAAACCUCGCCAGUUCCAAAGCUGGUGAAUUGCUUUUGUCAGGUCUACGCUGACCUUCUGCAAAACAGCCCGCUGGUAGCAGCUUACAAAGGCAUGCUUAUUUUGCCAUUCUCCUUAGCUAGGCAGAGAAAAUUCUCACUCAUCCAUGAGAAUGUUCUUUACAUUUUUCCAGGGGAUCAGCAAGGUGACAGGUGGUCUGCAAAGCCCAACAUGAUUAUUAUUUUUCUAAGUCAGAGUUGUUCCAACUCUAGGUUUUUUUUCCCCCUGAUAUUCACAUGAUUCCUGUUUAACCAAACCUCCCACUUUCAUGAGCUAAUAAAAGUGUCACGCAGAUUGUUACAAAGAACUAUUGUUAUUUACAAGUCUACAUUUUCUGUGAAAUCAAAACAUAAUAAAGAGAA